AACCAAUGAAAAGCGAAUAUAAUUAAACAACGAAGUCGCAAAACUUUCAAAAAAUUCCAAAAUUGACAUGAAAAUGCAGUAAAAGCCAACGAAAAUCAAUUAUAAAUCAUUUUGAAGCAGUCUCCUGUAAAAUGAGUGGAAAAGAAGAUGAAGUGGAAUCACAAAUGUACGAUUAUUUGGAGAAAUAUUUUGGCUACACUGAGUUUAAGUCCGAGCUACAGAGGAAGGCUGUGAAAUCCGUUGCAAAAAAAAAGCGAGAUGUUUACGUGAGUAUGCCGACCGGCUCGGGCAAGUCGCUCUGUUUCCAGCUGCCCGGUUUAAUGUGCGAUGGCCACGUUACGAUAGUGUUUUCACCGUUGCUGGCUUUGAUCAAAGAUCAAAUCGACCAUCUGGGUAAAUUAAAGAUUCAGGCAGACUCGCUGAACUCUAAAAUGAGUACGAAGGAACGGGAGCGAGUGAUCAAUGACCUAAAAGCCAUAAAAACCAAUAUUCGAUUCCUGUACAUAACUCCAGAGCAAGCGGCCACUCAGGGAUUCCAAGAUAUUUUGGCUCACAUGGUUAAAUAUGACAAGGUGGCUUAUUUCGCGGUCGACGAGGCCCACUGUGUCAGCCAGUGGGGUCAUGAUUUUAGACCGGAUUACCUUAAGUUGGGCCAACUUCGCUCUAAAUAUCCCAAGAUUGUGUGGAUAGCUUUGACUGCAACUGCCUCGAAACAAGUCCGUGAUGACAUUUUCAAACAAUUGCAUUUGAAUGAACCAAUUUCAAAGUUUAUCACUCCCAGUUUUCGCAAAAAUCUUUUCUACGACGUUGUCUUUAAGAAUUCCAUAGAGGAUGAUUUUCAGCAUUUGGCAGCAUUCGCAGCGCACUGUUUCGGCGAUGAAGAUGAGUUUAAGAAAAUGACACCCUCCAAAAGAGGUUGUGGUAUAAUAUAUUGCCGUACAAGGGAAAAUGUGGAACGUGUUGCGAUGGGCGUUUCACGACAAGGAGUUGGUGCAAUACCCUAUCAUGCUGGACUAAAGGGUUCCGAGCGCAACGACGCCCAAGAAAAAUGGAUGGCUGGUGAAUAUCCCAUAAUUGUGGCCACAAAUAGUUUUGGCAUGGGCGUCGAUAAACCCUCGGUGCGUUUUGUUGUCCAUUGGGAUGUUCCUCAAAAUGUAGCUGCCUAUUAUCAAGAAUCUGGUCGCGCUGGUCGUGAUGGAAAAAAAUCAUACUGCCGUCUGUAUUAUGGUCGUGAAGAUGUUCGUUCCAUACGUUUCCUUUUGCAAAAUGACAUUAAUCGUUCGCGUUCUUCCUCCUGUUCGGGUAAAAAGGAAAUGGCUGAGAGAGCAAUGAAAAAUUUCGACGAUAUCGUAUCGUUUUGUGAAAUGAUGCAGUGCAGACAUAAAUUGUUUUCCGAUUACUUUGGUGAUCCAACGCCUGAAUGUGAGGAUAAAUGUGAUGUUUGCAAGAAUCCUAAAAAAAUUGAAAAGGCAUUACUCACAUUUCAACGGUUGUGUAUGGAUAGCGUUUUUAAGACGGGAAUCUCUUUGGAGGACAGCGCAGACUUGUACGAAGGCGGCCGUUCAGGUAUUAAGAGAUCUGCCGGUGCCGAUGAUGAUGACGAUUCCUCUGGUGAAAUAGGUCAUGCACAAUUGGCCAAAAAGGCGAAAAGGGAGUCUGAAGAUUUUAUACGAAAACAAUUCCAACUGCGUAAAUGCCUUGAUGCGGCCAAAGAAUUGGAACAAGAGUCUGGAGCACAAAUAACCCGCAUACAUCAGGCUCAAGCGACCACAACUAAAGUGGCAGGCUUGAAGAUAUCCAUGCGCGAAAACUAUUUAACAGCGCUCGUUGAGGCACUAAAGGACAAUGUCAAGGCCAGCGAAGAAGACAAGCCGCGCAGCUAUUUGGUGCAAAAAGAUUUCGAAGACAUAGCGGCAGGUUUAGAAUAUGAAUGUUUUUCCAAACAAAAAGUUGUGAAUAUGUACAGACACUCCGUAGCGAAAGAGCUAUCCACCAUAAAAUCCUUGACUUCCAAACACCGUUUAAUGCCCAUCUUAAUGGACUAUGUGCCGAAACCGGAGAAAAAGAAAAGCGUUUGGAAUGGUGGCAGUGUGGAGUAUUUUGAACGCAAGCUUAAAGAAUUGGAAGAACAAAGACCCCAGUCACCUAAUGGUAAGAGCAGCAGCAGCAGUGGUAGUAGUAAAAAAGAUAUUCCUAAAGCACUUAAAGCUCCCAGGAGCUACAAACACGAAUCCGAAAAGCAGACAACCAUAGGUUCAUAUUUCAGUAAAGUCACCAGUAAACCAGAGGAAGAUGAUGAGACGUCGCUUUCUUCAAUAUCCACCGAAGACAAGGAAAUGGAAGAAAAGCUUUACAUAAAAAAGAUAAAAGAGGAGUGGGCCGAAAUGUUAAGUAGUGAUAGCGAUAAUUUAGAUAAGAAGUUGGCCACAGAUGCCGAUAUUAAAAUGGAGAAUAUCGACGACAAUUUAGAAAAUCUCAUUUCUAAAGAACAAAAGCUCAAGCAGGAAAUCGAAAAGCUAGAUAAGGAGGAAUUGGAAGCAAUCAGCAGCGGGGACAGCAUUGACCAAUAUGACACAAAGGAAAAUAACGAUUACAAUACAAGUGGAAAAAACUCCAGCUCAAGUUCGACAUCUUUCGAUCAUUACAAGGUGGGAACUCACUUGAAAUCGAAAAGAACUUCACACUACCAUCGCAGUGCGAAGGAUAAUUAUCAGAGCCACAAUAUCUACAAACCUCCCGAAAACGAUGAUAUUAGUGAUGAAGAGGACGACGAUGAAGAGAACGGGGAUGAGGAUGGGGCAAGGACGAAGGAUAACGGUGAAAAUAUACACCCAGUUACCAAGGAAAUUGAAGCAAUCUUAAGUGCAAGUGAGAAGAAGGAAUUCUUAGGGAGCAAGGACAAAUCACCAGUUGCAGCUACAAAAGAACAUCACCAUUAUAACAGUUCAAAAGAUCGAUCUACCAAACCGGAAAUUAACUACUAUAGCAAAUCAUCUUCAACGGAUAAAAGCAAAUCCUCCGAUUACAGCAGCUCAAAUACAUCACAGAAACCCAGUACAUCUUCCAAGUCUUCUGCAUCGACUGUUGUUUCCUCUUCUCGGCCAUACAUAAAUUCUAGUAGUAAGACUACCUCCAACAGCAUCAGCACAUCGGCGAAACCAACACAAUCACAAUCUCAAAGGGAAACGGGGCAAGCGAAACCCCAGUCAACCGUUUCCUCUUCCAAUUCUACACAAUCAUCAAAAUCACAAAGCGAUCGCCAUCAGGUAUACAAACAAAAGACAGACAUAAGCAAAACAGUAGUUGAGUAUCUGAAUCCCUUCUACAAACGAAAAAUAGCUACCAAAGAAUUGUUUAAAAUCUUGGCCAAGCGUAUAACAACACGCGUCAUAGACGGUAAGCUGGCUGUGGGCGAUUGUAAAGCAUACAUUCGGGACAUAUUUCAUAAGCUGACCAUGAUUGCCGAAGACUCUGAUAUCGAUAAACACUUUCCUAUGUCAUAAAGGGGUUUCUGUCCCUUUGUUUUCUUUUUUUU